AACACACUAUGCUCUCAACAAGAUAACAAAACAUAAAAAUGGAAGACACAACAUGGAACCAAAGAAUUCAAGCAUUAACACACAUCAUACUUAAUCCCACAACUAAACCAUCUUUUGAAUCCCAAAUCUUCAUUUCUAACCAAAUCCCCUGUUACCUCAAUUGGGACUAUCCCCCAAUUCUGUGCACCAAAAUCACCUUCCCUUCUGUAUAUCUGAAAUGGGCUUUCUCAUAUUACCUGAAAUGGAUCUCAAGACUUGGUGCACCUGAAACUUCUUGGAGAUCCAAAUGCCCAUAUCAACAACCCCCUCCAUUGAUACUGGCAAAGGGAGUGGAGGAAGCUCAAUGGGGAGACGAAGAAAGAAGACAGUUUGUGAGGAAAAGGUUUAAAAAGAGAAUAUAUAGCAGGGAAGGGAACAUUUUUGUUCUAGCUAUUUUACCUAAUAUAUUGGCACUCUUGUUUAUCUUUCGUAACCCUUAUCUCAAAUUCAUGAAGUAGAUUCUUGAAUUUGACAACUUAUUUUUUGUCAUCAUAGGGUUUUGUUUUUCUUUAGUAACAAUAUACUCUGUUUACGCAACCUCGUGAGAAAGGUAGAAAUUGGAGGAUAUAUGUUGAUCCUAAUUGGAAGUUGUAUGUUUCUUUUUGCAUAUCAAUGGUUAAAAUAACAUAAUUGAUGUUCCACAAA